UGCUGAAAGGGCUCCGCCUGCUCUUUCCUGGACUCAUUGUUGGGCAGGAGUGGACACCAUGGCUGGCCCUCCCCACUGGGCUUCCUCCUCCGUGGUCUCCCGUCGUCUUGUCAUUGAGUUCUGCUGACGUUUGAAGUCACCUCAGAGGUGCCGGGCAGGCACGCUGGCCCAGAACAGACUCCAGGACCUUCCCUGGGGAAGCAGCAGUAUCUGAGGUGAUUGACCGCCAGCAAAGAGUGUCCGGGAGGAAGGGAAAUGAGCCUGAGCUGGGAGGGGCCCUCCAGCGGCUGACAGUGGAAUGCCCACCAGGAACUCUUGAGACGCUCCUGCCACCUGGUGGCCACUCUUGUCCUGCGACUCAAAACCACGUGAUUUCUGGGAAAGGCCCUCCCUGGAGGAGAACUGAAACUUAGGGAGGGGAAUGGUAGAAAGGGGCGGAGAGAUCAGACCCUGGCUAGCCCCGCAACCGGGCUGAGGUCAGCUGGGCCUUGGGACAUCGUGCACUGGCCGGCUCAGGAUGGCAUCAGGCAGAGCACGCUGCACCCGCAAGCUGCGGAACUGGGUGGUGGAGCAAGUGGAGAGCGGGAAGUUCCCAGGAGUCUGCUGGGAUGAUCCAGAGAAAACCAUGUUCCGAAUUCCCUGGAAGCAUGCUGGCAAGCAGGAUUUCCGGGAGGACCAGGACGCUGCCUUCUUCAAGGCCUGGGCCAUAUUUAAGGGGAAGUUCAAGGAGGGUGACACAGAAGGUCCUGCUAUCUGGAAGACUCGCUUGCGCUGUGCUCUCAACAAGAGUCCGGAAUUUGAAGAGGUUCCAGGGAGGGGACGAAUGGAUGGUGCUGAGCCCUUUAAAGUGUAUCGACUGCUGCCACAAGGAAUCCUCCCUACCCAAACAAGAACCCAGAAAUCACCAACGAAGCGACAGCAUAGUUCUGUGUCACCUGAUAGGGAGGAGGGAGAGGAGGACAGCACAAAGAACUGUGUAUUCGAUCCCUCCUUGCUCCAGGACCCCCUCAAAAAUGAGGAGGCGGCGGUGGAUGCCGGUGUAGCAGUAGGCCAUUCUGACUUUGGGAACAGCAGCAGCUCUGAGCCUCAGCAAGGUGCAGACACGACUGAGGCUCCUCUCCAAGGAGACCAGAUGUCCAUGGAGCCACUGCUCCCUCCCAACUCAGGGUCUUCCUCAGGCUCUGCAGCGCCUCUUGCUGAUCAGGAGGUCCCUGAGGAGACGCAGAUGCAGUGCGGCUGUUCUGUGUCUGCAGACUACUCGCUGCUCCUCACCUUCAUCUACGAUGGGUGCGUGGUGGGUCAGGCCCAGGUGCAGAGCCUAGACUGCCGCCUGGUGGCUGAGCCCUCCGGCUCCCAGUGCGGCAUGGAGCAGGUGGUGUUCCCCAAGGCCGGCCAGCUGGAGUCCACCAAGCGCCUGCUCAACCAGCUCGAGAGAGGCGUCUUGCUAGCCAGCAACUCCCGAGGCCUCUUCGUGCAAAGUCUCUGCCCCAUCCCCAUCUCCUGGAACUCGCCUCAAGCCCCACCAGGUCCAGGCCCGCACCUGCUGCCCAGCUACGAGUUCGUGGAGCUCUUCAGAACCACCAACUUCUGCAGAGAGUUGGCCAAGUAUUCCCAGGGUCUGGGCCCCCCACCCAAAUUCCAGGUGACACUGAACUUCUUAGAGGAGAAGCCUAGCCCCAGCCACAUACCGCAGAGUCUUAUCACGGUGCAGAUGGAGCAGGCCUUUGCCCGGCAUUUGCUGAAGGAGACUUCGGAGGAACAGGCAGCCACUCUGUCCCUGGUGCAGGCCUUGGAGGACUUGGAGGAACCAACUUUCUGCUCUUCCUCCUUCUCCCCUUAUCACCUGUAGGAGAGACUCGGUGUCCAUGCUGCUGACCUGCCUUCCUCAGUGAGAAUUCUCAGUGGUUGUCUGUUAUGGCUGUGUUCUUGAAUGCUUCAAGUCCCCCAGCUAGUGGGAAACUCAAGGAUAACUUUUUUCUCUUAAAAUAAAAAAAAAAUUUUUUUUUUUUUGAGAAGCCAGGCAGUAGCACACCUGGUUAAGCACACACAUUACAGUGUGCAAGGACCCAGGUUCAAGCCCCUGGCCCCCACCUGCAUGGGGAAAACUUCAUGAGCGGUCAAGCAGGGCUGCAGGUGCCUCUGUCUCUUUCCCUCUCUAUUCUCCCCCUCCUCUCUCAAUUUCUCUGUCUCUAUCUAGUAAUUAAUUAACUAACUAAAAAAAAUUCUUGAGAGGGACCAAAUGGUGACUCACCCAUGUUACCUCACACAAGGACCCAGGUUUAAGUCCCCAGUCCCCACCUGUAGGGGAAAAGCUUCAUGUAUAGUGGAGCAAUGUUUCAGGUGCCUCUCUCUCUCUCUCUAUCUCUCUCUCUUCCUCACUUUGUUUCUCUGUCUCUCAUCCUUUACUAAAAUAAAAUGAAAGGAACAAAGAAAUAAGUGGCCACCAGGAAUGACGGAGUCAUACAGGCACUGAACCCCCUAAGAACCCUUUGGUCUCUGAGGAACUGUGAAAGUUCAGAUGCAAAUUCAGGAGGCCUUUCCCUCCUACCCAAUCAUAGAGGCUCACACUUUAUAGCUUCUUAAAAUGAACUUCCAUUGAAAGAUAAAUGGGGGAGUCGGGCGGUGGUUCAGUGGGUUAAGUGCACGUGGCGCAAAGCACGUGGGACUGGCAGAAGGAUCCCGGUUGGAGCCCCCGGGAUCUCUACCUGCCGGGAGGUCGCUUCACAGGUAGUAAAGCAGGUCUGCAGGUGUCUAUUUUCUGUCUUCCCCUCGUUGAGCGCUCACCUCACAAACUGCAAGGGUCUGAGUACAAGCCUGCAGGUGGGGGAGCUUGACAGGCAGUGAAGCAGGUCUGUAGGUAUUCCUUUCUCACUCUCUUCAUCUAUCCCUUCCCACCCUCACUCCUUCCCUCCUUGUAUCUCCUCUUUCCCCCUCUUUCUAAUAAAUAUUUUAUCAUA